AUGGCUCCAACACCUCCUGCUGCUCUGGUGACGGCCUCUGAACUUGCUAAAUCUUCCUCUGACAAUCAGCACUUUGUUGGAAGAGAACAUAAGUUUUCUUUCAACAUAUGCGUUGAUUCUCAUUCUUUGGUGGAGCUUAUUUUCCAACUGUUUGCAUUUAUUCACCAGGGCUAUCAGGUUCCUGUUCUCAAGCAGCCAGCAUUACCAAGUCUUCUGGGCCCCCAAGGACAAUCAAUACCCACAGCUGUUCAUCCAAUGAGAGCCGGUGGAAUUCGCUCAGCAGGUGCCAGUCCAAGCUGGGAAAUGUCCAAGUUUCCCUGCAGUGCUUCAUCUUACAGUAGAAGUUUGUAUAGCUACUCCGAGGCAAGAUCGGGUUCUUCCCGCACUCGCUCCUACUCUCGAUCAUUUCGUCGUUCCCGUUCUCGUUCCUACUCGCGAUCGCCACCGUACCCAGGAAGAGGCAAAGGGAGGAGGCACAACCAUCGUUCUAGGUCAAGGCCACGUGGUUAUGACCAAGGGUCAAGCUUUGAAGGACGAAGGAUUAAGGGUGAACAGUGA